AUGCAGCACACCCGCAAAUUCGCCACCGCUCCCCUCGCUGAGGCCCCUCCAGGAUCCCCGCUCAAGAAGGGGCUGCCAAGGGGCCCCAUGCCAGCUCGUCAUCCACUGCAGAUCAGGACUUCCGGUGCUCCCAAGGCUGUCGAGAAGCGAUCCUUGACAAAGGCGGCCCGCCCUCAGUCACUCUCGGCUGUUCCCGUCAAGAAGGAUGCAGUCACCACCCGCGACGGCGCACCCGCCUUCAAGGUCAAGCCCGGUACAGGCGAAGGUGUCGAUGUGCUCAGUCAGUCAGUCCUGUACGACGAUAUCCUCCCCUCGCCCGACGCCCUGUCGCCAAUCCUAGACAGGCCGUUCACCGAUGUGAACUCCCAGCUGAUGGCCGCCGCCGCCAACAGCGUGCGGCAAGUGCGCACGAACAUCGAGAUCUUCCGCGGUCCCCGCCCGACUCGCCCUCCCCCCGCCGGCAAGGAGAACGCAUCGCCGAAGGAGAAUCGUCCGUCCUUCGCACGCCCGACGAAGACAUCCGCCGCUCGCACCCGCCCUGCUCCCAUCAUGCCGUUCAGGGUCUCUGCCGCAGACAGGCUCGCACAGUCUGCCAACAUGGGCACGCGUACAAAGGAGACAGAUCGCCUUCAGGUUCCCGGGACGGUCUACGGACGCAGCAUCCCGCGUCCGGCACAAUCGAAGAAUGCCGCCGUUCGGGCUAGUCCACCUCGCGCUCUCAAGCCAAUCCAGCCGGUUCAGCCUCGCACCCCUCCGCCUGUCAAGAAGAUCCAGCCUGUCAAGCCCAAUGUCGAGUCCCCGAAGCGAGGGGUCGCAGGCGGAGUGCGCGCAAAGGUGAUCGGGACCUUGGCCAGUGUCAAGAAGGGUGUGGCGAAGAUCGUGGACAGCAACAAGAGCAAGAAGCUCGUUGUCCCUGAGAUCGUGCUCACCGUGCCUGACGACGACGACGAACAAGUCAUGGCCCCGAGCGACAUCGUUAUUCCCAGUCUUUCGGUCAGCUCUAGCACGGAUCUGCUCACCCUCCCGGGAUGGGGCUAUGACUCUCCUGUCACUGAGGAAGUCGAGGAUGUCGUGCCCCCCAGCGCUCCUCAGCCUAAUCCCGAGGUGGAGGCGGGCGCGAUUAGGCCUGUGUUCCUGAGCCCCGGUUGGGAGAAAGCGCUGCGCACGGGUCCCAUGAGGAGGCACACCGCGGCCCUCAUCGAAGAGCCUGUAGAGGAGUCAGAUGAAUCGAAGACCGUUCUACAAGAUGCUCCCAAGCCCGCUAUCCCCAAUACCCUCGUCAACGAAGGCCCAGUGAUCAAGGAAGGCCCAAUCGAUGACAACGCUCGUGUAGCAGAAGGAACCCUCAUCAUGGCAGACAUAUUGAUGCUGGUCGCUCCCGAUCCUACUGAGGAUGCAGUGACCUCUGUGUUCCAGGAUGAUGAGGAUAACAGUAGUGUAGAGAGUUCCGACGCAGGGUCUUAUGGCACGGCAACAACUCAUAUGGAGGAGCAUUUCCCAGUCUACGAGGCCAAUCACUUCCCCGAGGACGAUGUGGAAGUCACUGACGAGCAGAGCGAAGAAUUCGCGACGUUUAGGUAUGCUUUCUCAUUUGUACUCGGUGUCUUCAUCUCAGCCUGCACUGUCAGCCCGGUGUUCGAAAACGCCUACAGCAGCUACUUCAUUGACGACAUUCUAGCCGAGUAUCUCGACGAGGAUCCCGAAGCGUGCGACAUCUACUCGAGUUACGAAGAUUGUGGGCCAGCAUCAGACGAGGAUCCUACCGAGCGCAUCAGGUCUUCCGAGAGCCUCACAUCGCUUUUGAAGGAGGUCGACGAAGCCUUCUCGCUCUUCGAGGAUGACUCGGUCGCUUCGCUCGUCAGGAUGUCCGCCGAGGCAGACGUCUCCCGUGUCACGCAGGCACAACAAGAAUUUGGUCGCUCCUCUCCUGUGCCCAAGCUCUUGCAGACCACCAUGACGACGCACGAAAGCGAGCCAACCGCUGGUGUUGACAAGGAGCUCCCGAAGGAUGUUGUCGAGCACCCCGAAGUUACCCAUGCUCUCGAGGGUCGCGGUAGCGCUGCAGCACCUGGGAGUCCUCGACCCAAUAGAUACUGGGGUGUUUCUUCUCCCGAUGGCGCCGACUACACGAUCGCAGACGACGUUGCUCCCCGAUUCACGGCUAGCGAGAAGGAGAAGUUCAGAGCAAUUGUUUAUGAAGAUGAUUUCGAGCUCGAGAUAGAGCCCGAGAUAGAGCCUGAGUCAGAGUAUGUCACUACCGAAACCACCGUUUCUGCGGCGCAGGAGACGUUCGUAGGAUAUCUGCCUUGGAGUGCGCCGGAGUUUAUCCUCGGCAACUCGAGAGGAACGGCCCUCUAUGGGACGAUAGGCUUCCACAGCCGCCCCUCUCCGAGGCCCGUCAUCAGCAAGUUCGCCCGUGGCUCUCCGUUGCUCAAGGGAAAGAGCUCGAAGCCAGUUAUACAACCUAAACUGCCAUUCCAGUCAAGCAGCAUGACGCCAGCCACCCCUCAGCGCCUUAUGCCUGAGCGCGGUCUGGCCCGAAAGCAUUCUAGCAGCAAGUUGGCGAUCACGCCUGCCGAAUUUGAAGACGUUCCGCUCGAUGCAGUGCCCAUCAAGAGCGCUGACAGCCAGCCGCGCCUCUGGUACCGUCUCUUUUCCCGGCGCCCUUCCACUCCUGCGGCCCAGGCAAUGCGGUCCCCGUCUUCCGUCAGUUCUGACGUAGCCUCAACCACCGGUACCACCAGCGUUGGCUCUCCCGACGCUCCUUCAUCCAUCAUUGUGUCUCUCACGGCGGACUUCCCUCCUUCGCCCACGCCCAUUUCAUACGGUGCCUCCGAGAUGAUGGAGCGCUCGUACUUCAGCGACGACUCUAGCGACAUGUCGAGUGAACAUUCGAUGUCUUCAUCGGAGCUUUCUCCUAAUAUAGCGACAUCAAGUGCAUUUUCUUUUUCGCCUUCCCGGCCUUCUUCUGCCAGCUCGCGUGGCUGGAUCCAGAAGGAUGCCACCCGCCUUGACUUAAUCAAGGAUUUCUUCAGCCGGCUCUUCUAG